AUCCCUAGCGGCACACAACACAACCUCGGUGUGCCGCCAUGGCCGCCGCCCCCACAAAUCCCCCGCUGAAGUCCAUCUCCUCCCACAACUCCGCCGCGGGGGUCCGCGCAGAGAAGGCCAUCGAGGAGUUCUACCAGAGGAAGACACAGUUGGAGCACAUGGUGCUGCGCCCAGACACGUACAUCGGCUCGGUCGAGAAGCAGACGCUGACGCUCUGGGUCUACGAGGACGGUGCCAUGGUGAACCGUCCUGUCACCUACGUCGCCGGCAUCUACCAGAUCUUCGACGAGAUCCUCGUCAACGCCGCCGACAACAAGCAGCGCGACCCCUCCAUGGACUCCCUCCAGGUCGACAUCGACGUCGAGGGGUGCUGUAUCUCUGUGUACAACAACGGACAGGGCAUACCCGUUGUGGUCGACCAGCAGGAGGGCAUCUACCUGCCGGAGGUGAUAUUCGGCCACCUCCUCACUAGCAGCAACUACCAUGACAACGAGUGGAAGACCUUCGGCAGCACGAACGGAUACGGCGCCAUACUCGCCAACAUCUUCUCCAGGGAAUUCGUCAUCGAGAUCGCUGAUGGGCGCCGGCAGAAGAAGUACAAGCAGGUUUUCUCUGAAAACAUGGGGAAGAAGUCAGAGCCCGAGGUUAAAAUGUGCAAGCAGUCAGAGAACUGGACCAGAGUUACCUUCAAGCCUGACCUUGCCAAGUUCGACUUGACCGAGCUCGACCAUGAUAUCGUGGCACUCAUGAGGAGGAGAGUAGUUGAUAUGGCAGGCAUCCUUGGCAAAUCCGUGAAUGUUGAGUUGAAUGGUCAGAAGGUAGCAGCAAAAAGCUUCUCCGAGUACGUGCAACUGUAUAUUGACUCUGUUUCCAAGGAAGGAGUCGAGUUACCAAGAAUUUACCAGAAGGUAAAUGAUCGUUGGGAGGUGUGUGUGAGUCUAAGUCAAGGCCAGUUUCAGCAGGUCAGCUUUGUAAAUGGAAUUGCGGCCAUAAGAGGUGGAACUCAUGUUGACUACGUCGCAAACCAAAUCGCCAGCCAUUUGAUGGGCAUUGUGAACAAGAUAAACAAGCAAGCUAGCAUGAAGUUGCAUACUGUGAAGGGCUACCUAUGGGUAUUUGUUAAUGCGCUCAUUGAAAACCCUCUCUUUGAUUCACAGACCAAAGAGACCUUGACCAUUCGUCAGUCAUGCUUCGGGUCCACGUGUUUUCUCUCCGAAGAUUUCCUUAAGAGGGGUAUGUGA